GGCGGAGCUGGUCUGGCGCGCCCCGCCCCAGCUGUAGAAGGGGCCGGGCCAGUGUUACUCGCGGCCCUCUGGGCUGGGGCCUUUUAUCUAGGCGCUGCUGGGGGAGGCUGGAGGAGGAGACACCGGGGGUGGCCCUGGGCACCGGCGACAUAUUUCCCGGACUAUAAAUUGAACACCUGGGAUGGGUAGGGGGCCGACGCAGACACCGCCUCCCGCAGUCACACUUCAGCCACUGACCACCGCAGUGCCCUUGGGGGACAGCAACUGCUGGCAGAGAGAACAGUGAGCUGCCAAGGAGCAGGGGAUCUCAAGACCAAAGAGGAGGCCGAGGCUCGACCCACCACCGUCGGGAGCUUCCGGACUUCCAAGGGAGAGAAGCCGCUCGACACGCAGGGCCGGGCUGCCAGCGAGAGGAGAGUUGGAGAGGGCGUAGGAGGAGUCGGGAAUCCUGCCUCAGCUGCUAUAACCAGGCUCCCGGUGCAGGCCUCGCCUCGGAGAGCGCGUGAAGGCGGGCACCCCCAAGUCCGGGCCGACCACCUUUUGCCCCUGUGCCCCUGUGCUUUGGCUUCCCGGCAGCUGUCAUGAUGCAAAUCUGCGACACCUAUAACCAGAAGCACUCGCUCUUUAACGCCAUGAAUCGCUUCAUUGGCGCCGUGAACAACAUGGACCAGACGGUGAUGGUGCCCAGCCUGCUGCGCGACGUGCCCCUGGCUGAGCCUGAGCUAGACAACGACGUCGGUGUGGAGGUAGGCGGCAGUGGCAGCUGCUUGGAGGAGCGAAGUCCUCGGGCUCCCAGCCCGGGCAGCGCCAACGGCAGUUUUUUCGCACCCUCCCGGGACAUGUACAGCCACUACGUGCUGCUAAAGUCCAUUCGCAACGAUAUCGAGUGGGGAGUCCUGCACCAGCCGCCGUCCCCGCCAGCAGGUAGCGAGGAGAGCAACGCCUGGAAGUCCAAGGACAUCCUCGUGGACCUGAGCCCCUUGGAGAGCGAGGAUGCCGGCGAGGAAGACCUGGAGCAGCAGUUCCACUACCACCUUCGCGGGCUGCACACUGUGCUCUCCAAACUCACCCGCAAAGCCAACAUCCUCACCAACAGAUACAAGCAGGAGAUCGGCUUUGGCAAUUGGGGCCACUGAGGCGGUCCGCCUGUGGCUCCCCAGCACCCUCUUGGGCGUCUCUCAUCCUCUUCUUUCCUCAAAGCUAUUUUCUUCCUGGCUGUGGGGCGCGAGGGGCAACUGCAAAGUUGGGCUGUGUAUGUGCAGGGGACUCGGGGAGUAUGUGGAGGAGAGGGCCUCCUCAAGAAGAGGAAAGUUCUGGUGGGCGGGGGGGGGGCUCGAGGAUCCCCCCCCCCACGAGAGGACUGUAUUUGUAUUGGUAGGAAUGGGACUGAUCUGAUGCCCCACAUUCAGCCUGUGCCUUUCUUGGUGUUUUUUUUUUUUUCUCUUCUAAUUUCUGGAGGUAAAGGACCUGAGAAAGGGGCCUUGCCAGGGCGGGGCGCUGGGUUGCCACAGUUGAGAUCACAGCCCGAAGCCUGGUGCUGGGGAAGGCGGGGAAUGCAAUCUCCUGCCCGCCCUGCUGUUGAGCCGGCUGAGGCCCUGGUGUUGCUAGGAUUUCGUCAGUUUUCCUGUUUGCACUAUUUCUUUUUGUAACAGUGGCCCUGUCUUAAGUAUUUCAAAUCCCCUCCUUGCUCUGAAACUUAAGCGAUUCCAUUGUGAUAAGCGCACAAACAGCACUGUCGGUAACCGGUACUACUUUAUUAAUGAUUUUCUGUUACACUGUACAGCAGUCCUAUGGCACCCUACCCCAUCCCUUUCACAGGAUCCUGCCCCCACUCCAGUGUGUGUGAGCUGACAGUGCACCGCCUUGUACGAAACUUGUAUGAAGCCUGCCACUCAGCCAGUGAAAAAUAAUAACGUUAUGAGAAAGUGGAUUCAUCAGAAAUGGAACCAACUGACAUUCUAUCUGUGUUGUACAUAGAAUGAUGAAGGGUUCUACUGUUGUUAUGUCUUAAAUUUAUUUAAAAUGUUUUUUAAUCCAGAUGUAGAUUUAUUCUAAAAAUAAAAACGUGUUAACUAAA